CCACAUGUGUUGAGAGCUGUAGCCCUGGUUUCACCAGGAUUGUCCAGCCAAUGGAGCAAAUUUGUUGCUAUGGAUGUGUUCAUUGCCCUGAAGGGGGAAUUUCACCUUAUGCUGACACAGAUCAAUGUGAGAAAUGCCCAGAAGAACAGUAUCCCAACAAAAACCAGACUCGGUGUAUUCCGAAAACUGUGACCUACCUAUCAUACAGUGAACCCUUGGGAGCAACUUUGGCUGGCUGUGCCACUUUGUUUUUCACCAUCACUGUUCUAGUGGCCUGGAUUUUCAUUCACCACCGACAUACUCCUCUUGUCAAAGCCAACAACUGGAACAUUACAUGUGUCUUGCUUGCCUCACUUUUACUUUGCCUUUUGUCCUCCUUCCUUUUCAUUGGAAGACCUGGGAAAGUGUCCUGCCUUCUGCGACAAACCAUGUUUGGCAUCAUCUUCUCAACUGCUGUUUCAUCUGUCUUGGGCAAAACCAUUACUGUGGUUUUGGCUUUCAUGGCCACCAAGCCAGGAAACAGAAUGAGGAAAUGGGUUGGAAAUAGACUGGGACUAUCUAUUGUUGUUCUGUGUUCCCUAAUUCAAAGUGGGAUCUGUGUUAUAUGGCUGACAACAUGUCCUCCCUUCCCAGAGCUUGACAUGCACUCCCAGAUCAGUGAGAUCAUAGUACAAUGCAAUGAAGGCUCAGAUGUCAUGUUCUAUAUUGUCCUGGGCUACAUGGGUCUUCUGGCCAUCACCAGCUUCACGGUGGCUUUCUUUGCCAGGAAGUUGCCCGAUAGUUUCAAUGAAGCCAAGCUGAUCACCUUCAGCAUGUUGGUGUUUUGUAUUGUUUGGGUUUCUUUUGUCCCUUCCUACCUAAGUACCAAAGGGAAAUACAUGGUGGCUGUGGAGAUCUUAUCCAUCUUGGCUUCCAGUCUUGGUUUACUGGGUUGCAUCUUCUUCCCCAAAACCUACCUUAUAAUCCUGAGACCUGAACUAAACAGCAGAGAGCAACUAGUAAGAAAAAAAUGAGGAUGAUCUUCACCUUUAUUUCUUAAUAUUCCUUGGCCCACUUUCCAUUGCUGUAUUCCUGUCUUGGAGGUUUAGGCCCACUGCAGAAUUAAAGCAGCAUGACACCACUUUAACUUCCAUGACUCUAUCUUUCCGACUUGACCAAACUCAGAACCAAUGUGCAUCAAAGAGUCCAGUGUAUUGAAACAACAGAGAACUUUACUGAAUGGUCAUAGUCAGAAAUUCACCAGUAGGCAUUUAAACCAGAACUGCCCCCCCAACAGCCAAGCAAUAUAUAAAAAACCCAGAAAUCCAAACUCUACCUGAACUCCAUUCGGCCCCAAAACUAGCAUCCACCUCCAAUUCCCAUUGCUUCUUCCCCCCUACUAGCCAAUCCCCCUUCUCAACCUUCUCACCAACUCUGUCUCUUUCAGACUCAGGCAUUUCCACCAUCCACCCCUCUUUUUGUUACUACCAGACACCAAUCUGAUGCAGUCCACAUCUUACACAUUCCAAAUCUACCCUUCCCAAAACUAUCCUAAACAUCUGCACAUAUCCUAUUUUCCCCUAUGCCAACUAGGUAUCUAAUUCCCCAUAAGCCACAGUAACUAUUAGCCUACCCCUCAGCCCAGGCAAGGAAGCAUAUAACAUAAUUUCUCAUUUGAAAAGAAAACAUCCACAAGAGCA